AUGGGUGUCAUCAAGAAGAAGGCAGCCAACCCCGGCCGAGUAGAGCCUGGCGUGCGCUACCAUUGCGACUCCUGUAAUGGCGACAUUACAUUCACAGUUCGAAUACGCUGUGCUCACUCGGCAUGUACCGACUACGACCUCUGCGUUCCAUGCUUCACCUCCGGCGCACAAACUGGAAACCACAACUGCUCAACACAUCCCUACCAGGUCAUUGAACAGCACUCGUAUCCGAUAUUCGUUGAGGGGUGGGGCGCGGAUGAGGAGCUACUGCUUUUAGAGGGCGCAGAAACCUAUGGGCUUGGUUCAUGGGCUGAUGUUGCGGACCAUAUAGGUGGAGGACGGGACAAGGAAGAGGUGAAGCAGCACUAUUUGGAUACGUACAUCAAUUCUUCUCGUUUCCCGUUACCGGAGAAGAGCGACCCGAAUGAUACAAGUUUUGCGGAUAUAUCUCGCGAGGAGUUCCAGGCGCGGAAGAAAAGACGUAUCGACGCCCGGAAGAAGGAGGCGGCGGAGAGUACACCUACGGCUCCGAAGAAGAAGCCGACCACAUCUGCCCCUGCCUGCCAUGAAAUCCAGGGGUAUAUGCCUGGCCGCAUGGAGUUUGAGACUGAGUGGGAUAAUGAAGCUGAGAUGGCCGUCAAGGACUUGUUCUUUGAGCCAGGGGAGGGGAUCAAUCCAAUCACAAAAUUGGUGGAGCCGGAAGUGGAACUGAAGCUCACGGUGAUGGAUAUAUAUAAUAACAAGCUUACUCAGCGAGGGCAGAGGAAGAGAGUUAUGUACGAACAUAACUUGUUGGAGUAUAGGAAAAAUACGGCAAUAGAGAAAAAGAAGCUCAAAGAUGAAAGAGAACUUUUGAUCCGCGCGAAGCCUUUCGCAAGGAUGAUGAACAAGAGGGAUUUUGACGAUUUUUGCGAGGGGCUGGUGAAGGAACAGCAGCUGCGCCAAGCCAUAACGCAGCUCCAGGAAUGGCGUCGGAUGGGGAUCGAGACACUCGAAGGCGGUCAAAAAUAUGAAAUCGAGAAGACGCAACGGUCCGAACUACUACGCAAUAAGUUGGCACCAUUAGACCGCGUGUCUCAUCGCUACUCAUCGAAAGCAACACCUCCUGUAGAAACGCCCCCCAUCAAUCCGCUUGUUCAGCCGAAAUACCCACCCACUUCUGUCCCUGCUGAUCUUGCUGCCUCUUCACCAACUCCAGCGAAUAAUAUACCCUCAUCCCCAUCACCAUACAAUAGUAGUCUUCUCAAUGGGAGAGAUGGUGUAGCACCUUUGGCGCUUACUAACGAGAAUGCCACCGAUUUGCAUUUAUUAUCACCCGCAGAACAGCAUCUGUGUAGUACUUUGAGGAUCCUGCCGAAACCGUACCUGGUUAUGAAGGAGGUAUUGAUGAAGGAGGCGAUGAAACAUGGAGGUGUGUUGAAGAAGAAAGUUGCCAGAGAAAUUUGCCGGAUUGACGUAAAUAAGGUCUCAAGAAUUCACGAUUUCUUCGUCUCGAGUGGCUGGAUUGGGAAGGCUUGA